GUAAACUGCAACGGAAGUGAAGAUUCUUUGAAGGAUUGCAAACAUGUUAUAGGAGAAGACGAGCAAUGCAAAUCAAAGAAUAUGAUGGGAAAGUUGCCAGGGGAUGCAGUGGCUGUUUGCAAGCCCCGAAUAAGACUAGUCGGAGGUCCUAUAAGAACAUCAGGAAGACUGGAGAUAUUCUAUAAAGGAGCGUGGAGACCUGUUUGCUAUAAUUGGUCUUAUGACACAUACCUUUGGUACCAUCAUGACUUCAUCAUAAACACCCUUUGUGAGAUGGCUGGAUUUACUCCACAGAAUGCUUACCGUGUAGUAUUGAAUGCGUUUGGACCUCUCUCGCGAAUGAAUACAACGCUUUGGUCAUUUGAUUUCGACGUUACAGCACAAGGCGGUCAAGAUACGUAUACAAUUUAUAUCGCUAGUAAUUCACACCUCUGGGAUGGAUUGCAAAUCACUGGGAGUGCCGAAUGUGUGAACGGAGAAUAUGCAAGCCUGGUAUGUCGCAGACCUCAAACAGAGAUUGCAACAGAACUUCGAAUCAUUGGCAAAAGUGGUUAUAGUG